AUGUCCGAAUCAAAUCAACAGGGCAAUGAGCUCAAUCAGGGCGCGGCACCCCUGCGAAGAGAAAGAGCGCCUACAAUUACUAUCGAUACCUCGGCCAUGAACUCCCCCGAUGCCAGUCAACCACCGAUCCAGGUUCUCUCAACGCCUCCGCAGCCGUCACUUCGCAUUUCUACGGAUACCGUCGAGUCAGAUACAAAUGCAUUGGUCAGUAGUGCCAGCAAUGCUUCGCCAACCGAUGUGCGCUAUAGCGCGUCCAUUCGUUCCAAUGCUUCAUCGGAAGCCCGAGAUCGCGAACGAGAAGACCGGCCAACAUCGCCUCAUAAUAUCUCAUCGCCCAAGGCCAAGCUACCGGAAACUCACUCAAAUUUCCUCUCAGUACCCGGAACUCGCUCUCGUGGCAACUCGUUGGAAUCGGAAGAUACAAGUCAAUCCUUAAGCACUUAUGGUGGUGAAACCUACGUGGCCACGGCCUCCCAUGGCUCGCAAUCGGAUCUUACAAACAAGAAUCACAACCUGGACGACAAGGACGCGCUGACCCCGGAUCCUGGUCGAGAAUCUGAGUUCGAGGUGGAAAAUAAUAUCUUUGCAUUUUCUCCUGGCCAGCUGAAUAAACUACUCAAUCCUAAGAGUUUCGCUGCUUUUCGUGCUUUGGGUGGAAUGCGUGGAUUGGAAAAGGGGCUGCGCACUGAUGUGCGGAGUGGCCUGAGCGCGGAUGAGACCACAUUGGAUGGGGCUGUGAGCUUUGAAGAGGCGACUGCGACAAGUCCCUCGCCUAAGGCGACUUCUCCGUCACUUUCACCGCUUGAUGCAGCUGCAGUCUCAGAUGAAUCUGACCAGUCAUUUUCGGAUCGGAGACGGGUAUAUGGGACCAAUAAGCUGCCAGAGCGGAAAUUGAAGACCAUUUGGGAGUUGGCGUGGAUUGCAUACAACGACAAAGUGCUGAUCCUGUUGACAAUUGCUGCUAUUAUCUCUCUGGCUGUUGGUAUUCCGCAAUCUCUUCAUCCUACAGAUGGGGAACCCGGUGUGGAAUGGGUGGAAGGUCUGGCAAUUCUGAUAGCUAUCAUUAUUGUGGUGGUUGUUGGUGCGGCCAAUGACUGGCAGAAAGAACGACAAUUCGCCAAACUCAACAAGAAAAAGGAAAACAGACUAGUUAAAGUGGUUCGCUCUGGCAAGACCGUCGAAAUCUCCAUCCAUGAUAUCGCGGUGGGAGAAGUCAUGCAUCUGGAGCCAGGUGAUAUGGUCCCCGUAGAUGGUAUUCUGAUUGAAGGUCACGAUGUCAAGUGCGAUGAAUCCUCAGCGACUGGUGAAUCGGAUAUCUUGCGAAAGACCCCGGGAGACGAAGUUUACCGGACCAUCGAGAAUCACGAAGAUCUGAAGAAAAUGGACCCUUUCAUCAUCUCUGGAGCCAAGGUCUCUGAGGGUGUAGGCACAUUCCUUGUCACUGCAACCGGUGUUAAUGCGACCCACGGUCGGACCAUGAUGACUCUGCAGGAAGAAGGCGAAACAACACCAUUGCAAACCAAGCUCAACAAGUUGGCCGAGUACAUCGCCAAAUUGGGUCUCGCCUCCGGCUUGCUUUUAUUCGUGGUACUUUUCAUUAAGUUCCUCGUUCGAUUGAAGAGUAUCGAUGGCGGUGCCGAUGUGAAGGGACAGGAUUUCUUGCAGAUUUUUAUCGUUGCUGUUACUAUUGUUGUUGUUGCAGUUCCUGAGGGUUUACCGCUGGCGGUCACUCUCGCUCUCGCCUUUGCUACAACAAGAAUGAUCAAGGACAAUAACCUGGUUCGUUUCCUCAAGGCUUGUGAAACUAUGGGUAAUGCGACGACUAUUUGCUCCGACAAGACUGGAACUCUCACCGAAAACAAAAUGACUGCGGUUGCUGCUACUCUUGGUACUACCUCCCGGUUUGGGGACAAAGGUUCCUCUGAGCAGGCUGGGGAUGUCUCUGCCGCGGAGUUUGUUUCGCCACUCUCAGAAUCUGUGAAGGAUCUCUUACUCAAGUCAAUUGUCUUGAACUCGACUGCCUUCGAAGGAGAGCAGGAUGGCGUCAAAACCUUUAUCGGAUCUAAGACCGAUACCGCGCUUCUGUCUUUUGCCCGUGACUAUCUUGGCAUGGGACCCCCAGCCGAGGGUCGAGCCAAUGCGAAGAUCGCCCAGAUGUUUCCCUUUGAUUCGGGCCGUAAGUGCAUGGCAGUUAUCGCCCAGCUGGAAAACGGCAAGUAUCGAAUGUAUGUUAAGGGUGCCGCUGAAAUUUUGAUGGACAAAUCCACGCGGAUCAUUCGCGAUCCCACUGCUGAGCUCUCGGAAGUUCCUAUUACUACGGAGAACCGGAAAACCCUGGACACAAUAAUGGACAACUACACCUCUCGUUCCCUGCGUUGUAUUGCUCUGGUCUACCGGGAUUUUGAGCAGUGGCCUCCUCGUGGAGCUGAGACCCAGGAAACUGAUCGCAAUAUGGCCGUUUUUGAGUCUGUUUUCAAGGACAUGUCUCUCUUCGGCUUGUUCGGUAUCCAGGAUCCUCUCCGAGCGGGUGUCGCGGAGGCAGUGCACACUUGUCAGCGUGCCGGUGUCUUUGUGCGUAUGGUCACUGGUGAUAACAUCAAUACUGCCAAGGCUAUUGCCCAGGAGUGUGGUAUCUACACGCCAGGUGGAAUUGCGAUUGAAGGACCUAAAUUUCGGAAACUGAGCUCAAAGCAAAUGAACCAGAUUAUUCCUCGAUUGCAGGUCAUUGCGCGAUCUAGUCCCGAGGAUAAGAAGAUCCUUGUCAAUCAACUUAAGAAGCUGGGCGAGACGGUUGCCGUCACUGGUGAUGGUACUAAUGAUGCUCAAGCUCUCAAGAAUGCUGAUGUUGGCUUUGCUAUGGGUGUUACUGGUACUGAAGUUGCUAAGGAGGCGUCAGAUAUCAUUUUGAUGGAUGAUAACUUUGCCUCUAUUGUCAAGGCUAUGGCUUGGGGUCGUACCGUCAGUGAUGCGGUCAAGAAGUUCCUUCAGUUCCAAAUUACCGUCAACAUUACCGCUGUUAUCCUCACAUUCGUCUCUGCCGUCGCUAGCGAUGAGGAGAACUCAGUCCUCAGUGCAGUUCAAUUGUUGUGGGUUAACCUUAUCAUGGACACAUUCGCCGCUCUCGCUCUUGCAACCGAUCCUCCAUCACCCUACGUCCUCGACCGUCGUCCCGAAUCCAAGGCAAGCCCGCUCAUCACGGUGACCAUGUGGAAGAUGAUCAUCGGACAAGCGAUCUACCAAUUAGUGGUUACAUUUGUGUUGAACUUUGCUGGUGGAUCCAUUUUCUCCUGGGAUGAAGAUGUACUGAAAACUGUGGUCUUCAACACAUUUGUGUUCAUGCAGAUCUUCAAUCAGUACAACUCUCGCCGCAUUGACAACAAACUCAACAUCAUGGAAGGAAUUUGGCGCAACAAGUGGUUCAUUGGUAUUCAAAUUAUCAUCAUUGGAGGCCAAGUCUUGAUUGUUUUCGUUGGUGGCCAAGCCUUCUCAGUGACACGCCUUGAUCAGGGUAGCCAGUGGGCAGUCAGCCUGGUUCUCGGUGCGCUUUCCCUGCCUAUUGCAGUCGUUAUCCGCCUCGUCCCCGAUGAGUUCUUCAGCAGGCUUGUUCCUCAUUUCUGGCAUCGCAAGAAGUCCCCUGGACCAGAGCUUGUUGUGUCAGAUGAGGAUCGCCGCUAUGAAUGGAACCCGGCGCUGGAGGAGAUCAGGGACCAACUCGCUUUCAUCAAGACUGUACGUGGUGGUCGCCUGCGACACAUCCGACACAAGCUCCAGCACCCGCAAGAAUUCCUUCCUCGAUCUCGCAGUGGAUCCCGAUCUCGGGAUUCCUCUGUUCCACCUACACCCAAUGAAUCUCGCUCGCGACGAGGCACCCGCUCCCGGUCCAACUCAACAUUUGGACCAGCUGCUGCUAUGGCUGGUAUCGUGGCUGGCAGUAUCGCUGGCUGGUCUCCCAUUGAGCGUGGUCACGACGAGGCAGACUCGAUGAGAUUCCCGGCAGUGGGGUCUCAUGGCGGAUUAGACCAACAGCAGGGUAUUGAGAUUCAUCCCGAUACUGCAGCUGAUGACCGCGUCGUUGGUGAAUACUCCCACAACUCCAAGACACCACCUAGUCAAAAUCCCGACCUGAUUCCCUUCUUUGAACACGCUCCUCCCACAUCAGAACGAGCGCCGUCCAGUCGAGGCCGAAGAUCUCUAUCACAACGCUCUCGAUCGAGCAUGAGUCCUUCAAGGUUCUAA